UUUAUUGUCUGUUCUGUGCGCAAAUUUGUUCUGGAUUGUGUGCGGAAUGGAAAAACCGCGAUUUUUACCUGGAGAUUCUGUAUUAAUUGAAAAUAUUGUUAAUUAUCUUAAGGCUAAGGGAAUAUUUGAUGAAUUUCGCCACGAAUGUCUUGCCGAUGUAGAUACAAAGUCUUCCUGCCAAAAUUUGAGUCAAAGAGUUGAUGGAUAUACAACGAAGUUUCUUGCUAAUGAGACUUGGAAUCCGGAUUUAAACAAGAAUGAACUAAGAAACAAGCUGAGACGUCAUAUUGAUGAGUCUGGAAUGUUAGCUGUAGGAGCUGAUCAUGUUGUUGAACAAGUCAUAAAUCCAAAGAUUGGGCAGCUUUUCUUCCCUAGGAUAAGAGAAGUUGUACAUCAGUAUUUAAAUGAAGAAAAUUUAAAAUUAAAUAAGAAGCAAGACCCUGUCAAAGAAGAACCUACCAUUGCUGAAAAAAAUUUUGCAGAAAGUGCAGACUCAAGCUCCAGUAGGACUACCAAAAGCACUGUCCUUGAUCCUAUAGCUGACAUUUUGGCAUUUAGCUAUUCCAAACCAACUAAAACUGAUAAUACUGCUAUAAAGCAAACAGUUCCAAAUCCCCCAGUUAGCAAGACAGAAAAUGUUCAACCAAAAUAUCCAGAUGCUAUAGGAAAACAAGAAAAAAGGAAAGAAGAGAAAAAUGUUAGCCAGUCUAUAAAAACAGAACAAGAAAAAAAGAAGGAAGAGAAAAGUGUUAGCCAGUUUGUAAAAACAGAACCUGUAGAAUCAACAUCAGAAACUUCAGUAACUCCUGCAGCAGAUUCAAAACCUCAAAUUGAAUCUAAAGAAUCAUCAACCAAAGUAAAAAAAGAGAUCAAAGCAGAAGAAUGCGAUGGCUCUAAAGACACAUUAGAAGCUCAGAAGAAAUGUCAGAAAGAAGAUAUAAAAGUAGAAAAAAAGAAAGCAGAAGAUGCUAAAAUUCAAAAUAAUGAUGGUAAUUUAUCUGAAGAAAAUGUUUCAAAUAAAUCUCUAACUACAACUCCUCAAAAGUCUAAUGUUAACAUUAAAAUCAAAUCUGAGAGAACUGAAACCGAUAAAUAUAGCAAAUCUGAUAGAGCUGAAUCUGAUAAACAUAACAAAUCUGAUAGAACUGACACAGAUAAACAUAAACAAAAGUUGAAAACCACAAGUUCUCAUAAAAGCACUAGUAACUCAAGUAAGGCAAAGUCUAAGGAAACCAGUGAGAGUUCUAAGAAUUCAAGUGAAAAAUCUGGUAAAAGUACUCCUUCAAAGUCUCUAAAGCAUUCAACUAAAGAUCAGUCUUCUCCUUUAAAAUCUGUAAAAUCUUCAAAAGAUGAAAAGAAUGUUGUUAGUGGACUUAAACUCAAAUCUAGUGAUGGUAACAUCAAAACAGGCGAAUCUUCUUCAAAGAAAUUGACUUCAUCAAAAUCAGGUACUCCCAAGAAAGACAAUCUGGUGGCAAAGUCUAAGAGUGUCUUAGAUAAAGCUGAAAAACAUAAGAAUGUAAAGGAUCAGAAAUCAGAUAAUCUGCGAUCUGAUUCUUCAUCAAAUAUAGAAAAAGGAAGUAAAAGCAGCUAUCCACAUUCAUCAUCAUAUGAAUCAUCACAAGGUAGUGAUCAAGAAAGAGGCUCUUUAACAAGUACUAAAGAAAGACAAAAACUGUUUAGUAAGCAUUUCAAGAAAGAUAGUCCAGUUCAGAAAGAUAGAGAUAAAAGUGAUAAAAAAGUUUUUGAUAAAAAGCGACUUGCAAAGGAUGAUGUUAGAUUAAUGAAGAAGCAUAAAGAGAAACAUUCAAAAUUAUUCACAUUGGAGGAAAAGCAAAAAGAAUCUUCCACAUUUCAAGAUUCAAGUAAACUUGGAUCUCGAUCAGACAGUUUUGGUUCUGGAUCUUCUCUUACUAAUUCACCAACUACAUCCAAAGAAAAUUCAUUAUCUACUUUUGAAGAAAGUAAUGAGAAUUCCUCUAACAAACUUACAGAAAAGAAGAAGCGCAAUAAAGAAAAAUGUCAAAGUCCUCAAAUUCUUCCACCUCCUCCACCUCCGCCUCCAUCAUCAGGCUCUUUGAUAUGUGGCACAUCUUCUUCUGCAGAAAUGUCUUCCUUAGAUGAUACACAGUCUUCCAGUGAGAGUGAAAAUUCAGACAGUGAAGACAGUGAUGAGAGAUCAAAUAUUGAGUCAGAAACUAAUGAAAGCACUUCUUGUAGCAUAAAAAAUGCUAAAAAAGCUAUUGAUUUUGGUGAAAAGACAACAUCUUUGCUGAAGCCACAUAAUCAGAGCUUGCAGUCAGAUAACUCAUCGUCUGAGUUUGAAGGAUUUUGCUCAUCUCCAGAGAAAGAAUUUCAGUCUUCUGUCCAUCCUCUUGACUCUGAUGUUAGUGUAAGCUCUGUACAUACCAGUGAACUGUCUACUUUUGAAGAUGAGCUUACAGAUGAUGAAAGUUCUAGUGAUGAGAUUGCCCAUCCUAAAUCUCAGAAAAUGAAGCUUACUGUUAAGGAGGCUAGAGAAAAAAUUCUGAUGAAAGCAAAAUUGGGUAAUAAUCUUGCCAAAAAGAGUGCAUUGUCUUCUGAGAGUAAGAAGAAGGAGAGUAAUUGCAGUUUACAGUUACCUGUUUCAUAUGCUUCAUCUGAAGACGAGUCUUCUGUACCUGCUGAACCAAAAAGAGAAUUAAGAAGAGAGCGCAAACUGAAUCCAAAAUAUGCUUCCAGUGAAUACACUUCAAUAUUUAAUUCUAGGAAAAGGAGUUUUAUUACUAAAACUCCUGAAGAAUAUGAAAGAAAGGAAAUUAGUUCUGAAUCAAACAGAAAAAAGAAUUUGAAUGCACCAGCAGUAAAUACCAAGGAAACUCAAAGGAAAAGCUCUUCAAGAUUAUCAGUAGAACUAAAGAACAAAUCAGUUCCUGAAAGUGAUUCUGAUGAAUGUUCAAAAACAUCCAAAUCUGAUCAUAAAAUAACUCUUAAAUCUUUUGCUGUUGUUGAACAAAAGUUGUCUGAUUUAGAAAAUUUAUCUGAUUCUGAGGAUAGUAGUAAUAUCUCUAAAGAAAAAUUAGAUUUGAAUAAUAUUGAUGAUGAUUAUCUAUCUGAUAAUGAUAACUCUAGAGCAAGACUAAAAAUUAAAACUGCAAAUAAGUGUUAUAAUCAAAGAGAUCUGAAUUCUCGUCCAACGAAAAGGAAGGCAGAUUCAGUUAUUAAAUCUUCUAACAAGCGACCUUGCAGCAGGAACUCUGUUGAUUCUUGUAGUUCAGAAUUUGCUGCCAAUGAAAAUAAACCAUUUAAUAAUGAAAGGAUUUCUUCAGGAACUUCAAGUUCUGGCAAUAAAAGUCAUAGAAUAAAUAAUGAUUUCAAAGAUUCUGCGGAUAUCAGAGAUAAUCGAAAAAAAGAUCACAAGCAGAGAACAAGUAAUAAUGGGGAUCUCUUAGGUAAACGAGAAAUGUUAAGAAAUAAUUCACAUUCUAAAUUGCAUCACACUUCAGGAAAGAAGCCUGAUGGAGAUUUUAACUUGGAUUUUUCUUCUGUAUGACUGUAAAGAAAAUGCAAGUGUAAAUUUUAUUUUUGUACUGAAGAGUUUUUAUACCUUCAAAAAGUUUAUAUCAUGAAAUUUAUGCAAUAAUUUCGUAUAAUAAUCAAAUUGCUUGUAAUUAGUGAAACAUUUCUUUAAAUAGGAAAAUAAUAAUUAUGACAUUUUUCCAGAAAAUCAGAUUUAUAUACACAUUUUUGUAAAUAUGAUGUAUUAUUAAACAUUUUAUAUAACU